UUUUAUUAUCUAUGAAUUUUUGUUGUUCAGGUUUUUGUCGGUUUAUUGAGUGCCUUAUUAUUGUUUCCUCAUCGUAGUCCGUGUUUAUUAUUUAAAAUUUAUUAUGAUUUAUCAUUUUUGUAUUUAUGUUCGUGAAACUACGUUUUAUGCGUGACAUUUUUUUCGACGUGUUUUAUUUCUGUUGUACUUUUAAUUUUAAUUUUGUAUAAAUAAAAUUAUUAUAAUGAACUGUGGUACACCGAUUUUUCCAACUAUGACUCCGAAUAUUGUGAACCCUUUAUGGUUUAGUGUUGAUGAACCUAGAAAUGAAGAUAACGAGCUGAUACAAAUUGAAUCUACACACCAAGCCUGGGUAUAACAAAAAAACGUUUAGAUGUCAAAAUAUUAUUAUAAUAAUAAUCUUUGGUUUUUAGUUACUUAGAGUAGUUAAUAAGUUCAACGACAAGGAAUUUCCAGUACCAAUUGGCAAAACAGCAACUGAAGUAAAGUAUUUGUUGAUGCAAUAGUAAACAGUUAAAAUAUACUGAAUAUUAAAUAGGUACUUAUUAGAUUAUUACCCAUAUUUCAUUGUGGGAGGGUAUCAGAAUACACCUACAAUCACAUCUACUUGUCGUAAGAGGUAACAAUGGGAUUGCGUCAAUUCUGUCAUAUAGUUUUAAACUAAACUUUGGCAGUUUGUUCCAUCUCAGUUGUGUGCAGGGACAACAGUUGAUAGGAUGAUUGUAUGAUUUUUGAAAAUAAAAUAACUUAGAUAUGUUAAAAUCUGGAUUAAGUUAAGUAUUAAUGAAAUUAGAAAAAAAAGAAUGAAUAAACUGAAAAAAAAUAUUGACACGUAUAAUUUCUACAUCAUCUUCGUUUCGUUCCUAUAGGUUGUUGGUGUCUUGGGCAACGAGUAUGCUGGUGUGUUGGCUAGCUUGGCAUAAAAUAUUUAUCUGUCACGUCCCCCAUUGCAUCUGUACUCCGAUCUAAUGCCUAUCCUCUGAUAAUCAGUUCGAAGUCUGGGAGCUGGAAUAGGAAAACCUUCCCGACUCCUAUGCCUCUACAUAUAGAUUAGUUGCUCCUAACAUCCCUACUCAAUCAUAGUUCCAGUCUACUUUGGGAAAAUUCAGCCGGUUUAUAAUUGUCAUAUACACUAGACUAUGCAUGGGCCACAAUUCGUUACCCAAACAUGCUUAUCAUUUAGGUAUAAAUAGCAGCCCCACUUAUACUCUCACCAACUGCAACAGAAAAUAUUGGGUUUUUUUCCACCUGUUAAUAUCUUGCCCUUCCCUCCACUCGGCUUAAUUUUAAAAAAAAAGUUUUUUUCACUUCACGUUAAUUUUUCUUAUUCCGACGCCCUCUCCUCCAAUAAUGAAAUUCUAAUCAAACAAGUAACCAGUCUUGUUCUUCAAGCUGAUUUUAUAAUCAUAACUGUUGAGUUGUAAUAAUUUUUGUCAAUAUUUCAUCUUCUUCUUCUUUCUUGGUUUCGGCCAUUCAAGACCAUACCUCUAGAUAAACAUACUGCCACCUAUCCCUAUCCUCUGCUACUUCCUGCCAAUGACACUCCGGCUCCACUGUUUCAGUGUCUCUCCUUACGCAAUCCUCCCAUCUUAAACGCGGUCUUCCAAGAGGUCUCCUCCCUACUGGGUUUUCCUCUAUUACUCUUCUUAUUAAUGAGUCAUGUUUCCUCCAGGCAUGUCCAGCCCAAACUAGCCUUCUUUUCUUUAUCUCUUUCAGUAUAUCCGGUCGUUGAAAAAGGGAUUGCAGUUCUUCAUUGUGUAAUUUCCUCCAUUCAUUUGUGAGAACAUCAUAGUAUGCCCCAUAAAUUUUCCUGAGUACUUUUCUCUCAAAUAUUGCAAUUCUUCGUUCUUCAGUCUUUCUCAGAGGCCAUGUUUCUGCUCCGUACAGGACAAUCGGCCUUAGCAAAGUUAAGUACAUUCUAACUUUUAAAUUCUUAGAGAUUGCUCUUGAUCUAAAAAUUUUACUAAGUCCAAAGAAACAUUUAUUAGCUGAUUGUAAUCUCAUUGAAAUUUCUGUUUUAAUGUCGUUAUCUUGAGUUAUAAUUAACCCUAAGUAUUUGAAUUGAUCCACUCUUUUAAAUUUGUAUUCUUCCACUUCAAUGAAUUCUUCUUGUACCUGAUUUCCAUUUCUCCCACUGACCACCAUGUACUUUGUUUUUUCUUCAUUAAUCCUUAGUCCUACUUUCUCCGCAGCCUUUAUAAUUGAUUUCUCCAUUUUUAUUAUCAUCUCUCUACUCCUUCCCAUUAGAGAGAUAUCAUCCGCAUAUGCCAGAAUAUUAAUUGUCGAUCGACCUAACUCAACCCCUUCACAUAAAUUGAUUUCUCUUACUAUCUUCUCCAACACUAAGUUAAAUAGUACAGGAGAAAGCGCAUCUCCUUGUCUUAAGCCUGUCACCACUUCCACUGGUUGUGACAGCGUAUUUGCUAGCUUUACUUUAAUCUUUGUUCCAUUUAAACUUGCCUCUACAAGAUUAACUAGCUUUUUUGGAAACUUAAAUUCCCUAAGAAUAUUGAUUAAGCUUGCCCUGUGGAUAGAGUCGUAGGCCUUCUUGAAGUCCACAAAUAAUAUAUACACGUCUUUAUUGAACUCCCACAUUUUUUGAAGGGUCUGCCUAAUCACAAAUAUUUGGUCUGUUGUUGACCAAUAUUUCAUCAGAAAAAAUAAUAAUUUCUGUUAAUUGUAUAGUUUAUAAAUUCCAGUCAUCAGUUAUAAGUAGGAACUUAGCUCUGAUAGAUGUGGAAGUCUUUUUAGAUACACUCAAUCUUUAUAAUUCUGUAAUGUUCUUUUUACUGUAUUUUCCUUCAGCAUGGAUUCAAGGCUUCUUUUUGAAAAUUACACAUUAACGCAAAAACUUGAUUUACCUCAAAAAUUAUCUGUAAACAUUUUAAAUCAAAAUUUCAUAUUUUCUUCUUUUGCUUUUUCAACAACACCAAUGUAUAAAUCAACAACAUGAUAAUGUUCUACAUCUACAGUGAGGGUGAAAAGUAUUCGUACACUCUACAUUUUUAAAUAAUUAUUUAUGUUUCUUCAUGAUAUUUUANAAUAACAAACAAAACAAUAAAUAUAUAAUAGUAAAAAAUAAUAAUAAUAAUAAAAAGUUGUAUCAAAAAAAAUGCUUUUAAAUUAUUGUAUAGCCUUAUUUAGUACUUUGUAGGGUAGCCUUUGGACCUUAUAGCCUCCAACCUCUUAGACAUUGAAUCAACCAGAUAAAGUGUUGUUUCUGCUGUGAUUUUAUUCCAUUCCUCUUCUAGAGCUUUUUUUAGUUUCCUUACUUGAAAAAUUGUGAUCUCGAAUUUUUCUGUCCAAAUAAUCCCACAAAUUCUCAAUAGGAUUAAUGUCUAGGGACUGUGGUGGUGUCACAAGAUAUUCAGUUACAUUGUUCGACAACCAAGCCUUAACUUUUUUUGCAGUAUGCUUGGGAUCAUUGUCCUGUGUAAAUAUGAAAUCAUCUUUGAUGCCCAUUUUUUCGGCACUAGCUGCAAGAUAUGUCUUCAAAAUAUUUAAAUAAAUAUAUUGGUUCAUAAUUCCAUCAAUAAAGUGCAAGUUUCCGACACCCUGAGCACUCAUACAUCCCCAAACCAUUACAGAACCUCCUCCAUAUUUCACUGUAGGCUGUAAAUUCUUUGGUUCCAUUUCUGUAUUCGCUUUUCUCCAAACAAAACGUCUUCCAUCAGAGCCAAAAAUAUUAAAUUUACUACCUGGUAGGAUGUGUAAAUAUACUUAAAUAAAUACAAAUAAGUAACCACUAUCGAAAAUUUUGUAAAAAAUUUAUAAUUUAUAAACAAUAUUUUGACUAAGUAUAUAUUUAACUUUACAAUAUUGAUCUUAUUUGUCGUCAUAGAUAUUUGUAAUAUUAUAAAAUGGCGUUUUACUUAGUUUCCAUAUUAUUUCAUGUCUUAAAAAUUUAAUCAUUACUAAAUUUAAUUUUUUUAACUUAUAUUUUUUUUACACAGAGAUAUAACGAAGUGUUUUUGGUGUGAUAUUAGCAAUUUUUUUAUAAAAGAAGUUGCGAUUUUAUUUGACUUUGUUAAACUUCAAGAUGAAUUUUGAUCAUUUUUUCUUCUUUUUCUUUACAAAAUAUUUUUAAUUAUUAUUUAUUACAUACAAUAAUAAUCCAGCUAGCAACGCUGGCCUCCUGUUAUUAUAUCUUACAUUUUCAUUUGUAACUAGUUUUUUUUUUUUCUAAAACUAUAAUAUAAACAUCUUUUCCACCUAACAGAGGGUCCAGCGUCGUCGUCGCCGCAACAACGAGAGUAGAUAUUUUACGAUAUUUUCGUUAAAUACGAAAAAUCGGACUUGAAAGUACUUGAACAUUUUGGGUUAUAACUUUUAAUCUAUCUAACCAAUCUGCUUGCGAGUUCCCCUGUUCCCAUCUGCACAAUAUUUCUGAUCGAUUGAUAUCUUAUACGACUUUUUAUAUUCAGCCUUUUGUCCUGUAGUGCUGGCCGAUGGAUUAACAAAAAUUAACACGAUUUUUCAAUGGUACAACUCGAUUUCCUGUUACUAUACGUUAGUGGCUAUUUAUUUAUAUUUAUAGUUUUACGCUUUUUUUUUUUUUUUUUUUUACUUCGCUUCGUGCCACUACUGUUGCGCUUUAUGGAUAUACCUUAAAUUUGUGUUUUAUUCUCUUUUGUGUUAUUUUAUUAUAAAUUAUUAAUAAGUUAGUAUGAUGAAUGUAUGAAUGGUGUUGUGAGAAGAGGAUGUUGGAGGCAAAGCCCUCACAUGUCACUUUGAUCAACAUAAAAACCCAAAUUGCGCUUAGGUUCAUUAAAUAAAUAUUUUUAAUAAUAAUAAUCACACUAUUUAUUACCGUCUAAAAUCUUUCGCAACUAUUUAAAGCAGCGUUCCCCAAACUUUUUUUCCGUCGGACCCCUUAGAGAUAGUAAAAAUGAUCGCGGACCCCUCCCCCCUUAUACCNUAUAUAGUAUUUUCAAUUUACGCUCGUGGACCCCCUCCGGCAUAUAUGCGGACCUCUAGGGGUCCGCGGACCACAGUUUGGGAAACGCUGAUUUAAAGUAUAACAUAAUCAUAUUUUUGUAAUUUGUGUUUACCUCGUGUUCCAUUCCGUUUCGACCACCAUGUCCAAUCGAUUAAUGAACAUCAUGUAUAAAAUCAAAUAACUCUUCACACAAUAUUUAAUUUAACUUUAUUUUUACUAUGCUUUACGAUUAAAUAUCACCAUUUAUAUUGCCCAACAUACGAAGGGUAUUUUAUAUAUAUUGUAGAAAAUUGUAGAAAAAAACCCUCGAUUAGUUGUGCAAAACAGAUAGGUAUGUAACAAGAACAAAAAGAGUGCAAAAUUUAUGUCGGUCAUCCGGAUUUGAAACUGGACCGCGAGUUUUCACGCGGUAUAGACACAGAUUAGAUUAAAGUUCAAUCUAAUCUGUGGUAUAGGUAUUAAUCAUUAUGCCUACGGCAUUAUUUAAUUAAUUCGAUAUUGUAAACAUAUGCAUGUUAGAAUAAAAUAUGAAUCAUACAAAAAUGAUUUUUUACAUACAUAUCGGGUGAAGCAUAAUAUUCGACCGGUCUGAAACCGUAUGCAGUAUGUUAAUAUAUGCAUCCGGAAAUUUGAGUUCAAAUAAAUUAAAAAGUAAACAAUGAGAUAACAAAAGAAAUCUCAGUGGCAGUUUUUAUUAAACUAGGUGAGAUCCUGAAUUAGAUUUCAAUAUGGAUUUGAGUUGAAAAACCAGUGGCUGUCAACCUGUUAAUGCUUAAUCCAUUUAUGUAAUAAAAACUUACUACUCAUACUUUCUUUUAUACUUAGUGUGUUGCAUUUUUUUUUUUUUAUUAUUAUUGAUAAACAUGUUUAACUGCUUUUGUAUGCUGAUUUAUCAGUGUAUUUAUAAUUUUCCAUUUCCCUAUUACCUACCCGACAUGGUUUGGCAUAAUAUUGUAGUUUAUUUUCAAUUUUUUGGUUUUUAUUAUUUUGCACCCAUCCUCUGUAACUUCUAUAAUUGAAUUUUUUAUUGUUGAAGGAUGUCAUUAAUUAAUGAGAAUUUUAACGAAUAACUAAAACCAGGCCAAAUAGACUUAUUCUUUCUUCAACAAAAAAACUUUACCAUCAAAAACUACAAAUUAAAAAAAAAUAUUUAAAAUGUCAAUUUUUGAACAUACUUUGGUUUAAUUCCAAAAAUAUAAUUUUUCAAGGUUUAUUUUCAAAUAACUAUAAAAGUAAGUAUGUUAUCUAAGUUUUAAUUAUACCAACGAAUUAAGCAUUAUAAACCUCACAUUUAGAAAAACAAACAUUUUUAAACUUACUUAGUUAGGGAAUAUAUGUAAUAGAUAAACUGAAUUGUUUUAAGUUUUCCCUCAUAAAUUCCUAAUGCUGCAGUUUGCCUGACUUUUUAUAUUUUUAAUGUAUACAUUAAAACACACAUUUUGAUAAUUGUCAUCACAUCUUAUAUGUCCUUUUUUUAAAUAGAUACAAGAGGAGGAUGAAGAAGAAGAUGAAGAAGAAGAAGUCAAUGCUUCAGAUGAUAGCGAAACCCAUGAUGAGGAAGAAGAUGAUGUAGAAAUGGACGUUACAAAUGCGUAUGAUCGAGAUUCUCCUGUUUCUGUUUCUACCAGAUAAUUAUUGAAACGUUGGUUCAUCACGAUUGACUACAUCAAAUUAUUUAUGCUUAAUUUAUUAUAAACAAUAAUUAUCAGUUAUUACAAUGUUAUGUAACUGAAUCGAUAGUAAAAUUAUUAUAAAAUUUCCUAAUUACUAUUAAUUGAUAAAAAUAAACUAUACUUUUCAUUA